AUGGACCAAGAAAAGUCCUCCAACACCGACCGCAUCGUCACCUCCGACUCCAAAAUCGAACUCACCGACACCGAUGCCUGGGACAAGCUCGGCUACUCAUUCCCAACAUGGCGCAAGUGGCAAAUCCUAGGCGUCGUCUUCUGUAUCCAAAUCUCCAUGAACAUGAACGCGUCGCUGUAUGCCAACGGCGUCGGUCGCAUCGCCGAGGAGCACGGAAUCUCCAAGCAGGUGGCGCGGAUUCCCCAGAUGGCUUUCCUUGUGGCGUAUGCGUUUGGCUGCGAACUGUGGGCGCCGUGGAGCGAGGAAUAUGGCCGCUGGCCGAUUCAGCAGCUCAGUUUGUUCUUGGUGAAUAUUUGGCAGAUCCCGUGUGCCCUGUCGAAGAACUUUGCAACGUAUAUCGUUUGUCGGACAUUGGGUGGGUUGUCGACGGCUGGAGGGUCGGUCACUCUGGGUGUGCUUGCGGAUAUGUGGGAGCCGGAUGAGCAGGAGUAUGCUGUUGCAUUCCUUGUGCUGUCUUCCGUAGGCGGAUCCGUCGUUGGCGCCAUUGUCGGUGGUUUUGUGGAAGAAUACUGCUCCCUCCCAUGGAUUUUCUGGGUCCAGUUAAUCGUUGGUGGCGCCACACAGUUCGUCCACGCUGUAUGCAACCCUGAGACGCGGUCAACGAUCUUGCUUGACCGCGAGGCGAAGCGGAGGAGGAAGACUGGCGAAGACCCAAAUGUGUAUGGUCCUAAUGAGAUCCGCGAGCGCCGACUCACUCUGAAGGAGUUUGGCACCAUCACUGGCAGGCCCUUCUACAUGUUUUUCACAGAACCGAUCGUCCUGUGGCUGAGCCUUCUGAGUGGUUUCUCGGAUGCCCUCAUCUUCACUUUCCUACAGUCCUUCCAGCCUGUCUACGAGCAGUGGGGUUUCGGCACCAUCGGUAUCAGUUUGGCAUUCAUACCCAUCCUGAUAGGAUACUUCCUCUCGUACUUCUCUUAUCUUCCAUCGAUCCAUCACUUCCGCGGCAAGCGUCGUAUAGGCAUCCCACUCGAGCCCGAAGUCCGUCUCUGGUGGCUCCUCUUCCUCGCACCGCUCGAGACCAUCGGACUCUUCGGGUUCGCAUGGACAUCGUUGGGUCCCGAUUAUGGCAUUCCGUGGAUAGCCCCCAUGAUCUUUUCCACCUUCAUUGCGAUUGCAAAUUACGCCAUAUACCAAUCCUCGAUUGACUACCAAACUGCUGCCUACGGCGUCUACGCCGCCUCCGCAACAGGCGGUAACGACCUCGCCCGUGACUUCCUUGCUGGUAUCGCAGCCCUUUACUCGGCGCCGAUGUACGAGAAUAUCCCUGGGCGUCCGCUCGAGUAUGCAUCUACUAUUCUCGCGUGUCUGGCGUUCUUGGUGACGAUUCCGAUCUACAUUGUGUAUUGGAAAGGACCAGAGAUUCGGGCGAAGAGCAAGUUCGCGCAGAGCUUGGACAAGAGCAGAGAGGUGGGGAGGGAGAAGAGGAGGAAGGCGAGUUUGGUGGAUGCAGGUGAGACGGAGUGGAAAGAGCAUGUUUGA